GCUGGGGCUGGAGCGGGAUUGCGAGGGGAGGGGGUCCGGAGGCGGAGAGAAGCCGCGCUGACUAUCCCUGCCAUCGCCCCGUCAACCACCAGCGACGCAGAGAUGGCUACUCAGAGCAUGGCUGCUGAAAAGGAGAGCUGAGCUGUUUGCUGGCAAGACAGGCGGGAGGCGGCCCAGGAUCUUUCCCUCCCACCCGUUAUUUCUGCUGGGUGGAGGAGGGCGCAAGCAUGGAGAAGCUGGAGGCUGUAGUUUGGGGGCCCCACGCAUUUCCUCCUCUCCUCCCGCUUUCGGCACCCAGUGUUGUCUGCUCUCCGCUCCCUUUUGCAGAUGUGGCCCGGGCGGUGGAGCUGCUGGAGCGGCUGCAGCGCAGUGGGGAGGUGCCCCCUCAGAAACUGCAAGCCCUUCAGAGGGUGCUACAGAGUAAAUUCUGCUCUGCCAUACGGGAGGUUUAUGAGCAGCUGUAUGACACACUGGAUAUCACAGGGAGUCCCGAAAUCCGAGCACAUGCCACGGCAAAGGCAACCGUGGCUGCCUUUGCAGCAAGUGAGGGCCACGCGCACCCACGGGUGGUGGAACUGCCCAAGACGGAUGAAGGCCUGGGCUUCAACAUCAUGGGGGGCAAGGAGCAGAACUCUCCCAUCUACAUUUCCCGCAUCAUCCCAGGGGGUGUGGCUGACCGCCAUGGGGGACUCAAGCGUGGAGAUCAGCUGCUGUCGGUCAAUGGUGUGAGCGUGGAGGGUGAACAACACGAACGGGCAGUGGAGCUUCUGAAAGCAGCCCAGGGCACUGUAAAGCUGGUUGUGCGCUACACACCCAAAGUCCUUGAAGAGAUGGAGGCACGCUUUGAGAAGAUGCGGACGGCCCGGCGCCGGCAGCAGCACAACAGCUACUCAUCCUUGGAGUCACGAGGAUAAUUUGCAUAAUCCUAAUGUUGUUGGGGCCUGCCUGUGACUCUUCCUGCCCCACCCCCUCCCCGCCCUCCAUGAUAGUUUUAUCUGUAUAGCAGGAGACCUAUUUAUCGACCUUCCUCCCCUUUGUUGGGAGGUGGGCUUCUAUGUACAGUAUUUAUUCACAAUCCUCUUCUUUAAAGAUGUUCUGUGUGAGUGGCUGUGUGUGUGUCUGUGCGAGUCUACACUACACACCUUUUGUAAACUGGAGGAGAUACCACAAAGCUAUCAGGAGACUGUCCUUUUGCAGGGUACAGGGCUAUCAAAUGAGGGAAAGGGAAGCUUACUCCAUUGAAAUGCUGCCUCUGCCCCCAGAGAUGGUUUCAUCUCAGCUCUGGGUCUAACUAGCCUCCUUCCCUACCCUGAAGGUUGCUGCAUCUUUGUUCCAAGGGAGGGUCCUUGUAUACCCUGACAAAAAUAAGCCAAUGUGAUGUCGAGGCUAAAGCACUAGCCUUGAGCCAGGAAGACCUGCAUUCAUAUCCCUGUUCAGCCAUGAAACUUGCUAGGUGACUGUCAGUAUCUCCCAGCCUAGCCUAUCUCACAGGGUUGAGAUCCUAUGGAGGAGAGGUCUGUCUUUGGCUACUAGUUGGAGGACUAAAGGCCACCUCCAGGCUCAAAGGCAGGAUGCCUCCGAGUACCAGUUGCAGGGGAGUAACAGCAGGAGGGAGGGCAUGCCCUCAAUUCCUGCCUGUGGCUUCCAGCGGCAUCUGGUGGGCCACUGUGCAAAACAGAAUGCUGGACUAGGUGGGCCUUGGGCCUCAUCCAGCAGGGCUGUUCUUAUGUAGGGUUUUUGUGAGGGUAACAUGGGGAGAAAUCCAUUUGCUUCCCUGAGAUCCUCAAAGGAAGGGUGGUAUAGAAUGCACUUAGUGACAGAGAGGAAUUAGAAUGAAGGACAUUGUUCUAGGACUAAACUCACACCUCUCCUAAUCAAGACCAUUUUUUCUUUUGCAAUGCAUAUUAAAAUGUGGUAGGAAGGUUGAUUUGAGGUGUAGGGAAAUUUCAGUUUCAGCCACAAAAAGCUUUCACUGGCUUUCCUUAAGUAAUCAUAUGCUCUCAGCCUUGGUUUCCCAUCUAUAUAAUAAGAUCUAGAGUGACCUACCAUAGAGUUGCUGUGAGGAUGAGAUAAAAACUGUACAACACUUUCUGGACUGAAAAGUGCUAUGGAAAUUGUGAAUAAUAUGAUAUGUAAAUAAUGUGUGAUCAGAUUAUAUUGAGUAGAAGAAAAUGUGCUCCCCCUUCCCACUUGAAUAUGAUGUACCUCUGUUCUAGGUUUCUCUUUUGCAGGCCUCAUAAUAGCUACCCCUCUCCUCCCUUUUGACUCCAGAGACAAAUCAAUUACAGUGUUAGGGGCAAUUUAAAAAAGGAGGAAAUUCUGUGGUGCAUUUUAUCCAUUCAACCAGCAGGUGGCACUCUUACUGCUCUGUGCAGAACAUGAAUCGAAAUUCUUGAAAAAGUGACUUUUUGGGGCAAUUGGAGGUAAAGUUAAGAAUCUAACUGUCUUAACAAUCCAGAAAUGCUGAUUUAAAAUAUCAUGGCUCCCAAGAUGAACUUGUGUAAUUUGACCUAAUAGUUAGCCCCAAAUAGCAAGUAGAUUUGUCUAGUCUCACAACCUCUUUAAAUAUGUGACAGUUGUGGUUUUUAGCCAAUCCAUGCUGGCUUUAUUUAUUAAGAGAUUUAUAUCCUGAUUUUCAGUCCCUGUAAAGGUCCUCUUGAAGCCAUGAUGCUACUGCCACACACUAAGGUAGUUGCCAAAGGGGAGGAGGACGACAGCUGGUCUUGUGGUAGCAAGCAUGAAUUAUCCCUUUGCUAAGCAGGGUCUGCCUUGGUUUGCAUUUGGAUGGGUGGCUGCAUACGGCCGCUGUAACAUAUUCCCCUUAGGGGAUGGGGCCAUAGCUCAGCAUCUCUCAGAAGAAGGUCUGAGGUUUCCUCCCUGGCAUCUCCAAGUAGGACUGAGAGAGACUCCUGUCUGUAACCUUGGAGAGCCACUGACAGUCAGUGCACACAAUACUGAACUAGAUAAACCAGUGGUAUGACUUGGUAUAAGGCAGCUUCCUAUGUUCCUAAGCCACAUGGUGAAUGUGAUCUUUUUAAUUCUGUUUUUUAAACAACCCUGCUGCUUACAGUUGCGUGCAAACAGCCCAGCCACACAAAGUUCUGUGUAUGACAUUGGUAUGCGCACAGCCACCAUAGUGCAUGGUAGCUGCCGUUGAAGUUAGUACAGAGUGGCUGAAAAAAUUCCACUUUUAUGUACUGAGGAGGCACAACUUAAAAUGAAAUCUAUAUAUCAGGAAAAGAUGAUUGAAAUCUAACCAUGCAGACUCUUAGCAGGACUGCUGUAUGUUAAAAUAUGGAUCUAAAUGGCUUCAUGUUGAAGUAACACCAUAUUCAGAUCAAUCUGAUUGGAUUUAUGUUGGAAAAACUUGUCCGAUAGCAGAAAACUUGUAAAUCUUGUUCUGAAUGUUGGAACUCAAGGGAGUGUCAAUAUUCUUAUAUUCCUUACAAGGAGUGGAUUGAUUAGAAUAUGGUGUUGUGGUCAAUGUGAAGUAUUUUGGAUCCAUACUUUGCAUACAGCAGACUGACCCCUCCCCCCCCACAACCAGGCUUAAAUAAAACAUUAGAUUUCAAAGAUUUUCCCUGAACAAAUAUUUCAUCUUAACUUGCAUUAUUCCUUGACAGAGUUGAGACUUGUGUGUUCAGCAUGUGUGCUGAAGUGGAUCUCGAGAAUACUCAGCUGUCGGUGGUUUUUUUGAAAUUAAUAAUAAAAAAUAUUCAAACCUUUCAGAAGAUCACUUUUUCAGCACUCAUUUGGGGACUUUUGCCAGCCCUCUGGCGCUAUAAAUGUCACCUGACCGUGCCACUAUUGAGUCUCAUCCUGGUCUGUUCCAGGAGGGGAGGCGAACUGAGAAUCUGUCAGCUGUUCUGAACUUUCUGAAAGAAGACCAUUAUAUGUGUAAUACAUGAAUAAAUGAGUAAAGCACAGUGUUCAAGA